CCUGUCAACCAAUGUUUUUCUGAUUAUUUUGGAGUUGGAAGUUGUGAACUUUUUGAAGAACAAAAACUUUAAACAUUUUUCAAGUUAUUUAUUUAAGUGGUAAAAUACUUGAGAAAAUACAAGAACAAAGACUACGCAACAACUCAGUAAAAUGUUAACUUGAGUGCCAGCAAAACCCUUACAAAAACUCAGUAGCCCAGUGUGUUCCUUCGAAUCUAGUCACGGAUCGCCGACAACAGCAAAAAAAAACGGUUCCCCAGAAUGAAGAUCCCGCUGUUUGUCAAGUCGCUCCUGCUGAGCGUCCCCGUGGGCGUCACCUUUUUCGACUGCGUCGGUUACGUGGCCCGCGUCGAGGGCAUUUCGAUGCAACCGGCACUCAAUCCGGACGGCGGCCCCGUCACCGAUUACGUGUUCCUGUCCCGGUGGGCGGUCCGGAACAUGGAGGUGGAUCGGGGCGACGUCAUUUCGCUCAUUUCACCCAAGGAUCCGGGCCAGAAAAUUAUAAAGCGAGUCGUCGGUCUGCAGGGGGACGUCAUAUCGACGCUCGGUUACAAGCAGCAGUUUGUGAAGGUUCCGGAGGGCCACUGCUGGGUUGAGGGUGAUCACACGGGAAACUCACUGGACAGCAACACCUUUGGUCCGGUCUCACUGGGGCUCGUAACGGCCAGGGCCACGUCGGUGGUGUGGCCGCCGGCUCGCUGGCAAUCGCUCAAGUCUCAGGUGCCCAAAACUCGACAUCCCAUCUCGAAAGCCAAAGUCACCGGUUCGUCGUCACCACCCGGUUUGAACGGUGCCAACAAUCAGACGUUGCAAGCGCAGGAACGAAAUCGGCGCGAGUGAAGUUGGUUGAGGUCGUUUUAGGCUCAGGUCAAGGACGGUUCCGUCGCGGGACUGGAAAAUCUUUCGUGAUUUACAAGGGGCAUGAAAAGGCCAAGUUUCAGUCUAUGGAAAGCGUAUUUCUUUAUUCUUUUAAUAACUGUUCGAGACAUGUUCUUAAAUUUUUAGUAGUCUAUUUUUUACAAUAAAUUCAUUUCAAAAACAAAGAUAAGACUGUU